AUGGAUGUUACAGCUCUGGCGCCCACAAGAGCGCGUCGUCAAACAGUCCACCUUACAACUAAUGCCACAUGGACUAAAGAAGAAGAUGACCUUCUAACUCAAAUCGCUUCAUCAUCAGAGAAUAUUGCUUGGAGCGUUGUUGCAAAACUAUUCCCAAAUAAGACUGCGCCUCAAUUAGCAGGUAGAUGGGAGAAAGUACUUGAUCCUCAUUUGAUAAAAGGAUCAUGGACUCGAGAAGAAGAUGAAAUUAUUAUUGAUUUUGUAGCAAAGAAUGGAGAUAAAGAUUGGGCAAAACUUGCACUUCUUCUCAAAGGUAGAACUGGUAAACAAUGCCGUGAGAGAUUCAAAAACCACCUCGAUCCUAACGUAGCAAAGAAUUCUUGGACUGAAGAAGAAGAUAACAAACUCAUUGAACUUCACGCCAAAUUCGGCAACUCAUGGACAAAGAUUUCGCACUACUUCGAAGGAAGAACAGAUAACUGCAUCAAGAAUAGAUGGAACAGUACUCUUAAGAAACGCCUUGAAAGAAUAGAAAAAGGUGAACCUCUAGUCAUGAAACGCGGUCGUAAACCUAAGAAUGUCAAAGUUAAUAUGCCUAAACCAGAUUUAUCCUCGACAUCGUCAACAGGAAACUCUGUUUGCUCAUCACCUUUACGUCCAUUUGAUGGAAAGCGUAUCAUUAUUGAUUUAGUUCCAAUUACAGAUAAUAUUUCUAUUAUUCAAGCACGUUGCGAUAGUAAUAAAUCGCCAAAACCAUUAAAUAGUCUUGAAGAGAAUAGGAAAGGUCUUUUAGCGCUUAUUGGAGCUACUACUAAUUAA